GGUGUACGGUAUGAUGGCAUCACUUCUGCCUUGGCUAUACAUUAUACUGUGGGUAGAAAAUGCCCUAAGAACACUUGGAGAUGAAGGAAACUUCUACUCAGAAAAUGUCAGUCGGAUUCUGGACAACUUGCUUGAAGGCUAUGACAAUCGACUACGACCAGGAUUUGGAGGUGCUGUCACCGAAGUGAAAACAGAUAUUUAUGUGACCAGUUUUGGGCCUGUGUCAGAUGUGGACAUGGAAUAUACAAUGGAUGUUUUUUUCCGCCAGACUUGGACAGAUGAGAGGUUGAAGUUUGGAGGACCAACUGAGAUUUUAAGUUUGAAUAACUUGAUGGUCAGUAAAAUCUGGACACCUGACACAUUUUUCAGGAAUGGCAAAAAAUCAAUUGCCCACAAUAUGACAACUCCUAAUAAACUCUUCCGAAUAAUGCAGAAUGGGACCAUUCUCUACACCAUGAGGCUUACCAUCAAUGCUGACUGUCCCAUGAGGCUGGUUAAUUUUCCUAUGGAUGGCCAUGCUUGUCCACUCAAGUUUGGAAGCUAUGCUUACCCCAAAAGUGAAAUUAUAUAUACAUGGAAAAAAGGACCACUUUACUCAGUAGAAGUUCCAGAAGAAUCUUCAAGCCUCCUCCAGUAUGAUCUUAUUGGACAAACAGUAUCUAGCGAGACAAUUAAAUCUAACACAGGUGAAUACGUAAUAAUGACAGUUUAUUUCCACUUGCAAAGGAAGAUGGGCUACUUCAUGAUACAGAUAUACACUCCUUGUAUUAUGACAGUCAUUCUUUCCCAGGUGUCCUUCUGGAUUAACAAGGAGUCUGUCCCAGCAAGAACUGUCUUUGGAAUCACCACUGUUUUAACCAUGACCACUUUAAGCAUCAGUGCCCGGCACUCCUUACCCAAAGUGUCCUAUGCGACCGCCAUGGAUUGGUUCAUUGCCGUUUGCUUUGCUUUUGUCUUCUCUGCACUCAUUGAGUUUGCAGCUGUCAACUACUUCACCAAUCUGCAGGCCCAGAAAGCCAAAAGAAAGGCUCAGAUCACCACCUCUCCCCCUGUGACAAUAACGAAGGCGACUGAACCCUUGGGAGCCGAGAUUGUUUUGCACCCUGAUUCCAAGUACCAUCUGAAGAAAAGAAUCACCUCUCUGACCUUGCCAAUAGUUCCAUCCUGUGAGACCAGCAAAGUCCUCACCAGAGCUCCCCUUUUGGAAUCAACACCUCUCACACCCCCACCACUCUCUCCAGACUUUGGAGGCACCAGUAAAAUAGACCAGUAUUCCCGGAUUCUCUUCCCAGUUGCAUUUGCAGGAUUCAAUCUUGUGUACUGGGUAGUUUACCUUUCCAAAGAUACAAUGGAAGUGAGUGGCAGUGUUGAAUGAUUUGCAGGCAAGUAAAAAUGUAUUCUAUAAAUCCUAUUUUCUGCAUUCUUUCUAAAUAACACUGAGACUUGUGUAGAUGAUUUUAUGAACAUGAAAUCAGAAUUCAAACUCUGUAAUGUAUAAAUUUAAGUAAGUACAUAUGGGCCAAAAAGCGUAGCAUUUCUCCUCAAAAUUGAAAGUUAAAGGUUGCUGAAAAAUAUGACUUAUCUGUACAUUAUAGAGAAAACUGUAUAUAAAGAUAAGAUGAAUUCAACAUGAAUUUGCCUUCAAGAUGAUUGUCCUUCAUUGUUCAAUGUUUUUAAUUGUCACUGUGAGUGGCACUUAGUAUAAAGUAGAUAAAAUAAUAAUGCUGACACUUUCAAAGGUUGCCUUAAAAAUGUUUAUUUUGGCUUAGUUUUCAAGACAGUAGCAUAUAAAUAGUCUAAAUAUUUACCCAUCGCUUCAAAGCAGCAUGUUGGAGGCCUUUAUGCUAGUAAAAUGGCUUUCAGCUUGUAUUGAGCUUAGCCAUUUGGUUUUAACCUUGCUGUGCUUUUUUACCUCAAUGGAGUAUGGUGUUUGUACACAUAUGAAAUAAACAGAGAUCAUAAAUUAUGUAUGCAUAUGUACAUAGCUUCAGUUGGACUGCAAUGCAGUGUUGUUUUAUCUUGUUAAGUUCUCCUUUGAAAAUAAUAUGCUCAUAAUUCCAUAAAGUUGUAGAAAACAACAGUGAUUAUAGGAAGCUAUGUAGAGGAUAACUGUGGUUAUAGCCUGUGGUUUCCAUCUUUCUAAGUAUUCCACUAAACAACACAAGAAUAAACA